CGACCCUGUAUAAGAUUUUACGCAACAUGGCACCAAUCACAACUUGUGAUUUUUUUAUUUAAACUCAAAAUUAUUAAGGUUCGUCAUGUUUUAUAAUUAUCGACUGUGAAUCAACUCUUUUCAAAAUGGCAGAAAAUCUUUCGAAACGGCCUCCCAAGGGGAUUUUGAAAUCAUCUAGCAGUUUUGAUAAUCCAGAUGUACCCAGACCAAGCAAAGAGACAAAAUGGGAUGAAAUGAAUAUAAUUGCAACAUUACAUCCACCAGAAAAAGAUUAUGGUCACAUGAAGAUUGAUGAACCAAAAACCCCAUACAACUAUGAAGGCCUGCAUGGUGAAUUUGACUUUGAUACAUUAGAUUCAACUGCAGUUGUUGCCAAGUUAGCAGAGGGUAGCAAACCAAAAAUAUUUGAAGAAUCAAGCGAAGAUGAAGAAGAAAAGGAAACUCUUGAAGAAAGAGAAAAACGUAAAGCAUUUGAAGCAAAGAGAAAACGUCAUUACCAAGAGUGGCAAGUACUUCAAAUGGCUCGAAAACAAUUACUUGAACAGGAUGAAGAAGAUGAAGAUGACGAUAAUGAAGAAAAUGAAGAAAAUGAGGAAGACGUAGAAAAAGAUGACAAUAAUUCUUUUCCUUCUGAAGAUCAAAUUGAUUUUGAUGUAAAAUUCAAGUGCAUGCCAUCAUGUAAUGCAACAAAAGGAAAGUGAUAUGGCAAAGAACGUUUAUAAACAAUGUUAACAAUU